AUGACUUCUUCACCUACACCAUCUCAUUGGGUUGAAUCACUUUUUCCUCCUCAAUAUUCUAUUCGUGAUUAUCGUUCUACCUUCCAACCUGAUAAUCAACGUUUACGUCGUUAUAUUACUACGUUAUCAACAUUUGAUGCUCCAACACUAGCAGCUAUUUAUGAACAAUCUUAUUUAUUUACUCUCAUUCAACGUUUAGCCCAACAAGAAGAUGACAAUACAGUUAAAACUAAAACUAAAACAACAUCUAAUCAAACUGAACAUGUUGAUUCCGUACUUGAUAUUCGUCUUAUUCGAUCAUUUCUUGAGAAACAUAAAGAAAAAGAGAAAAACAUUGAUCAAACUGAAAAUAUUUGGACAUCUGAUGAAAUUUCCAUUAUUCGUUCAGCCUAUAUAAAAGCACGUGAUGAAUGUUUACGUUUAAAAUCUGAAAAUGAUUAUUAUCGAGAACAACUUGACAUUGUUAAAAACAAACUUAAUGAAACAAAUCAGAUAUUAGAAAAACUUCAAGAAGAACAUUUAUCUCUUAAAAAGACUCAUACACGUUGGACUAUUCGAGCGAAUUCAUCUGAACAACUUCUUGACGAACAACGUCAGGAAAAUAAAGAGUUCUCUGAACAUAUUGAAAAAUUAACUGAACAAAAUGAAUUCUAUCGUCGUAAUCAUUUGCAAAUGCAAACUGAUUUACUCGAAAAGCAAACACGCUUGGAACAGCUUGAAAAACGAAUCGACCAUUAUGAUCAAACAACAAGACGUGAAUGCGAUCGACGUAUUGACUUAGCUGAAAAACGUGCUCAAGUUGAUAAAGAUCGAUUGAAAAUAGAAACUAAUGAUUUACAAACGAAAUUAGAUAAAGAACAAGAUUUACGAAGACAAAAUUUACUUGCAUUGGAUCAAUUAAGAAAGCAUAUUGCUUUAGCAAAUUCACAAAACAAUGAACAAUCCUUGUGUGAUAUCAAACAGGUCAAAUAUGCCUAA